CCUGGAUCGUCAAAUCACGGUGCAUUGUGGGGCGGAGGCGGCCUUUCUCUGUGCGUCCAUACACAGCAAAGAAGCACAAGUCGGCACGUCUUUCAAGCAAAUAACGUUAGCAGGAGGGGAGGAAGAGUCUCAGCGAAGACAACAAAAACAGCUCACUUGCGUUGGGCUUAUCCGUGACUAUCGUUAUUAAUUAUCCGUUUAUUCCACAAACAUGGGGCAAGAGGAUCUCAUGAGCAAGGCCGAAGACGUGGCAGACCAGUUCCUGCGGGUCACCAAGCAGUAUCUGCCUCACCUGGCACGUCUUUGUCUCAUUAGCACCUUUCUGGAGGACGGCAUCCGCAUGUGGUUCCAAUGGUACGAGCAGCGGGACUACAUUGAGGCUACGUGGAGCUGCGGCUACUUCCUGGCCACAUGCUUUGUGCUCAUUAAUCUAUUAGGACAGCUUGGUGCUUGUAUCCUCAUCCUCAGUAGAAAUUUUGUACAAUAUGCCUGCUUUGGAUUAUUUGGCAUCAUUGCACUGCAGACUCUUGCCUACAGCAUUUUAUGGGACAUAAAGUUUUUGAUGAGAAACCUUGCCCUUGGAGGCGGUCUGCUUCUGCUGCUGGCCGAGUCUCGUUCGGAAGGAAAGAGCAUGUUUGCUGGAGUUCCGUCCAUGGGGGAGAGCUCGCCAAAGCAGUACAUGCAGCUGGGCGGCCGGUUAUUGCUGGUCCUCAUGUUCAUGUCUCUGGUCCAUUUUGACACCAGCUUCUUCUCCAUCCUGCAGAAUCUGGUGGGCACCGCCCUUAUCAUCCUUGUGGCCAUCGGCUUCAAGACCAAGCUGGCAGCACUGACCCUGGUCGUAUGUCUACUGGCCAUGAACGUCUACUUCAACGCCUUCUGGAACAUCCCUGCCUACAAACCCAUGCACGACUUCCUCAAGUACGACUUCUUCCAGACCACCUCGGUCAUCGGCGGCCUGCUGCUGGUGGUGGCGCUCGGGCCCGGUGGCGUGUCCAUGGACGAGAAAAAGAAAGAGUGGUAGGCGAAAAAAUGAAUAAAUAAAACAUGGAUCGCACAGCACCACUAACAUACCCCCAUACCGACUGGGACUCAAAGAUCUCCCCGCCCUCUGCUCUUUCUGUUGGUUCACCUGGAUACACAGGGUUUACUAUAUAUAUAUAUAUAUAUAUAUAUAUAUAUUUUUUUUUUUUUUUGGCCAAAACCUUAGAUAUUGAUCCACCUCACAACUGCUGUUUUGGUUCUAUUUUUCCAAACGUAGGCCCAUUUCAAUGAGUCAAUCAUAAUUCUUAUCUGUCCUGUGUGAGCGAAAAAUAUUUUAUUGUUCUUAUCGUUGAUGAACCUUCAUACGUUGUGACAAAGAGGAGAAAAUGCAGUAGUUGUGGUUGCCAGUGUGGAUGCUGAUCAUGUGGCCUAUCUCGAGAUAUCGUCAGCGUAUCAAUGAGACUCGGGGUGGGCACUUAUUUGACAGCAACUCACACACACUCCUCCUCCUGCGAAAGUCCUCCUUUCCAUUCAGCCGCGCACCCUCAAAGUAAACUUGACAGGCAACCCAUGUUAGGUGUGGAGGGGCCGGAGAGGUGUACUUUGUAUACUAAGUGGUGGAUUGUCAUGCUCGAUUUAGAAAAUCCCAACAAAGUUGUUAGAGCCAGGACUCAUCAUCGGGCACGUUGAAUGCCUAACUAGUGAACUAAUGGGUUAAAACGGUAUGUUGAGGGGUAACAGGUAGGGUGGAGGCUCUGUCUGUGUUUUUGUGAAACGCCAUAUUCUGAGAUCUAGGAACGCAAAGAGGACUAAGCAGAGUUACGCCAACCUUUUUUUUUUUGUCUCUGCUUAGUGCUUUUUGCCUUGGAAAAUGAAAUAUUCAGUGUAUUGAUUUUCAGAAGUUUAUAUUGUAUUUUUGAUCUUUUUGUUUUCGAUUUGGAGGUUCAUGGCAGAAAAUAAUAAUAAAAAAAAAUAAAAAUAA